CCCGCCCCUCCCCGCCAGCCCUCCCUUCGCAAGGGCACCUGGGAAGAGGCGGAGAACAAUAUGGCGGAUGGCGAGGAGCCGGAGAAGAAAAGAAGGAGAAUAGAGGAGCUGCUGGCUGAGAAAAUGGCUGUUGAUGGUGGGUGUGGGGACACUGGAGACUGGGAAGGUCGCUGGAACCAUGUAAAGAAGUUCCUCGAGCGAUCUGGACCCUUCACACACCCUGAUUUCGAACCGAGCACUGAAUCGCUCCAGUUUUUGUUAGAUACAUGUAAAGUUCUAGUCAUUGGAGCUGGUGGCUUAGGAUGUGAGCUCCUGAAAAAUCUGGCAUUGUCUGGUUUUAGACAGAUUCACGUUAUAGACAUGGAUACUAUAGAUGUUUCUAAUCUAAAUAGGCAGUUUUUAUUUAGGCCUAAAGAUGUUGGAAGACCUAAGGCUGAAGUCGCUGCAGAAUUUCUAAAUGACAGAGUUCCUAAUUGCAGUGUAGUUCCACAUUUCAACAAGAUUCAAGAUUUUAAUGAUACUUUCUAUCGACAAUUUCAUAUUAUUGUAUGUGGACUGGACUCUAUCAUAGCCAGAAGAUGGAUAAAUGGAAUGCUGAUAUCUCUUUUAAAUUAUGAAGAUGGUGUGCUAGAUACAAGCUCCAUUGUCCCUUUGAUAGACGGGGGGACAGAAGGCUUUAAAGGAAAUGCUCGGGUGAUUUUGCCUGGGAUGACUGCUUGUAUUGAAUGUACACUGGAACUUUAUCCACCACAGGUUAAUUUCCCCAUGUGCACCAUUGCAUCUAUGCCCAGGCUACCAGAACACUGUGUUGAGUAUGUGAGGAUGUUGCAGUGGCCUAAGGAGCAGCCUUUUGGAGAUGGGGUUCCAUUAGAUGGAGAUGAUCCGGAACAUAUUCAAUGGAUUUUCCAAAAAUCUCUAGAGAGAGCAUCACAGUAUAAUAUUAGGGGCGUUACUUACAGACUCACUCAAGGGGUAGUAAAACGAAUUAUUCCUGCAGUAGCUUCCACAAAUGCAGUCAUUGCAGCUGUGUGUGCCACUGAGGUGUUUAAAAUAGCCACAAGUGCGUACGCUCCCCUUAAUAACUACCUGGUGUUCAAUGACGUUGACGGGCUCUACACGUACACAUUUGAAGCGGAGAGAAAGGAAAACUGCCCAGCUUGUAGCCAGCUUCCUCAAAACAUUCAGUUUUCUCCAUCAGCUAAAUUACAGGAGGUUUUGGAUUACCUAACCAAUAGUGCUUCUCUGCAGAUGAAAUCUCCAGCUAUCACAGCCACAUUAGAGGGGAAAAAUAGAACACUUUACUUACAGUCAGUAACCUCUAUUGAAGAACGAACAAGGCCAAAUCUUUCCAAGACAUUGAAAGAAUUAGGACUCGUUGAUGGACAAGAACUGGCAGUUGCUGAUAUCACCACACCACAGACUGUACUAUUCAAACUUCACUUUACUUCUUGAGGAAAAUAAAUCUGCACAUAAUAGAAAACUCACAGAAAUAAUACACUUCAUGGAUGCUAAGAAAUUUAAUUGAAGGGUGGGGAAGGUGGGGUGGAGGGGACCCCCCAAAAAAUGUAAUCAAUGUCAUUUUUAGCAUUGGCAUUGCUGGAAUUUAACAUAUAUCUGUAUGUGUAUACAAAAUAUACAUACAUAUAUAUAAAUAUAAUGAGCUGCUCUUUUUUAACUUUAUAACUUUCCCCUAAAGACAGGAUUUUGGGGUUGGAGACUAUAAGAAUUUUCAUGAAUGACAUGGGAAAUGAUGCCUGCAGAGAUUUUGAGCAAAUGUAUUGCUUCUUUUAGAGGAGGAGGCAAACACGCUCAUCUCUAUGACUUUUGUUAUUAUGGUCAAAGAACACAUUUCUCAGCUUUCAUUUGAGCACCCACAUGACAAGAGAUAUCCUUUAAUGGAAAUAAGGAAUUAAGUUUCAAAUUAUACUAAAAUUACAAUCUAACAUCUAGAGUAUAUGGAACAUAGGCUAUUUCUUGAUUGAAUAUUCGUUUAAUUGUGGUUGUCCAAAUGUAAAUGAAUUAUUACAGAGUUUAUCUUGUCCAUCAUAAUUUGUAAACAGUGUUAUAGCUGAAUACCUGUCGUGAAAAUAGGAAAUAUUUUCAUGUGUUUAUUUGCAGUGCCAUAGAGGCCAACAUGCACAAAUUUAAGCCAAGACGUGGCUGUUUAAAAAUUUUAAUGUUUAAACAGUUAUCACUGAUGCUUUUGCACUAUUUAUUAAUAAAAUCAUACAUUGUCUACUUUUUUU